CAAUGGUUGGUGCCAGUCUCCGGCUGUUUGAGUAAACAUGGCGGUCCGUUGCUUAGUACAAAUUGUUAUAUGAUUACAACCUUAAUUUCCCAAGCGCUUUAUUGAUUUCAUUGUUUUAUCGUAUUUAUUUGUGCGCUUCGUGUAUUUAUAUAAUACACACACCCCGAUAAAUAUGUCGGAUUCGGAGGAAGAGAGUCAGGAGCGGCAGCUGAAGAUGGUGUUAAUCGGAGACGGAGCUUCGGGAAAGACAUCAGUCGCCACUCGUUUUGCGCAGGAAGCUUUUGGGAAGCAGUACAAACAGACAAUAGGGCUUGAUUUCUUCCUCAAGAGAAUCACACUGCCAGGGAACCUGAACGUGACUCUGCAGGUGUGGGAUAUUGGAGGACAAACGAUUGGUGGAAGCAUGCUGGAUAAAUACAUCUACGGCGCUCAUGGUGUCUUACUGGUGUAUGACAUCACCAACUCUCAGAGUUUUGAGAAUUUGGAAGACUGGUAUGGUGCGGUGAAAAAAGCAAAUGAGGAGUCAGACACACAACCUGUUAUAGCACUGGUGGGCAACAAGAUUGAUCUAGAGCACAUGAGGACGGUAAAAGUGGAUAAACACCAGCGUUUCUGCCAGGAGAACGGCAUCAUCAGCCAAUUCGUAUCAGCCAAGACUGGAGACUCGGUUUUCCUCUGUUUUCAGAGAGUGGCAGCUGAGAUUCUGGGAAUAAAACUGAACAAAGCAGAAAUAGAACAGUCCCAGAGGAUCGUUCGAGCUGAGCUGGUGGAUUAUUCUCAAGAUGAGGCACCAGUUAAUCACGGGACCAAUCAGAGCAAGAUCUGCUCUGUUCAAUAACACAACAAGGGUUGUGAAGGCUGACAUAGUAAACUACAGUCAGGAAUUGGUGGCUCGGACAGUCAACGCUCCACGCAGCUCCAUGUGUGUUAUACAGUGAUUGACACAACACCAUCUCUCUCUCUCUCUCUCUCUCUCUCUCUCUCUCUCUCUGUUUAUUAAGAGACUGCAACCAGCAAAGAGCAACACACACACACAUUUAUCCCUUUGUUCUCUUGUAUAGGGUGUGUGUGUAGAUCUACAGCAGUAGAUUCCAGCAUUCUUCAUUUGUAAAUGCCAGUUUCCUAAUAUGUAUGUGCUAUAAUAAUAAAAGUGUUUAGGGAAUGUAAA